AUGUCUUCAGCCUAUCUUGCUAUGCCCCUGCGGCAGCUCUUCAAAUUCCCUCCCGAUAGUCAACCACAAGCCCUUCCGCCACCUCCCGUGGGCUCCACGCUUUCCGCGCCGCCGUUCUCGAUCCCUUUGUCUUGGUACACUGCCGUCCUCGAUAUCCGAGUGCCAAUCACCAUUGCAGGUAUUUACGCUGUGACUGUCACGGCCUUGAACGCAUACAACAGAUCGAGGGGAAACAAGCCAUGGCGGAUCAGCAAGACGAAACCAUUUUUCUGGUUCGUAGUGGCUCACAACGUGUUUUUGGCGGUAUACUCAGCCUGGACAUUUGUGGGCAUGUGGCAGGCGCUCAAGAACUCCAUUCAGCAUCCCAAUGGUCCGGCAGGGUUGGUGGGAACUGUGGAUAGUUUUUGCAAGAUACAUGGUCCUUCUGGGCCAGGGAAUGCCAUCGCCUAUAAUGCCACAAGCUCGCAGUGGACCACACAAUCCCCAUAUACAGUCCGGCUUACGGAAGCGGGAGAGCCUCAUUCUACGGACGUGGGGAGGAUGUGGAAUGAAGGUCUUGCGUUCUACGGAUGGUGGUUCUACCUGAGCAAGUUCUAUGAGGUCCUUGAUACUGUUAUUAUCUUGGCAAAGGGCAAGAGAAGCUCCACGCUCCAGACAUACCAUCAUGCCGGUGCAAUGAUGUGCAUGUGGGCUGGAAUCCGCUAUAUGUCCGCCCCAAUCUGGAUGUUCUGCUUUGUAAACUCGGGAAUCCAUGCCCUGAUGUACACAUACUAUACGUUGACAGCAUUUGCCGUUCCCAUUCCAAACCGCCUCAAGCGAAGUCUCACCACCAUGCAAAUCAUCCAAUUCAUAAUUGGAGUAGCUUUUGCAACUCUUCACUCCUUUGUCUUCUAUAGCGUUCCAGUCCAGGUACCGAAUAGCCUCCAAGACUCCGUCAAGGCCGCCACGUCCGUUGCUUCCAGUGCCGUAUCCUCUGUGGCUGCAGCAGCAACAUCCGCAGGUCUCGCCUCUAAGGUGAAGACAUACCUCUUCCGCGCAGCAGGUGAAGAGGGACUCGCAGGAACAGCUAACGGCCGGCAAGUAGCAGAAGCACACUCUAGAAUGGCAUCUGCUCAUGGAUCUGGUUCCGGCGCUUCAUACCACACCGAGUACCAAACUAUUCCCUGCGUUGAUACUAGCGGCCAGACAUUCGCCAUCUGGCUCAACGUAUUAUACCUCACGCCACUUACCGUCCUCUUCGUCCGCUUCUUCAUCCGCAGCUAUAUCCGCAGAACGACGCAGAAGCAUCAGCAUGUGCCAGUUGUUCAGGCGAGCGAGGAUGCGAUUAAAGGGCUGGAUAGAAAGAUUUAUCAGAAUGGGGGAUUAGUGAACGGGAAUGCGAAUGGCCAUGUUGCUAAUGGCAAGCCAAACGGUCAUGUUGCUAACGGCAAGGCAAAUGGCCAUGUUGCGAACGGAAAGGCGAGUAGGAAGCAUUAA